CACACCAAUCCAGAACAAUCUAAUCCAGCAGCGCAAUGGCACGUACCAAGCAGACAGCUCGUAAAUCUACCGGCGGAAAGGCGCCCAGGAAACAGUUGGCCACCAAAGCCGCACGUAAGAGCGCACCCGCCACCGGAGGAGUGAAAAAACCACAUCGUUACCGUCCGGGAACCGUUGCCCUCCGUGAAAUCCGUCGUUAUCAGAAGAGCACAGAACUUUUGAUCCGCAAAUUGCCGUUCCAACGUCUAGUGCGCGAGAUCGCCCAGGACUUCAAGACCGACCUGCGUUUCCAGAGCUCCGCGGUCAUGGCGUUGCAAGAAGCUAGCGAGGCAUACUUGGUAGGUCUGUUCGAAGACACCAAUCUUUGCGCGAUCCACGCCAAGCGUGUCACCAUCAUGCCAAAGGACAUCCAGUUGGCCCGUCGUAUCCGCGGUGAACGUGCUUAACUUUGAUCAUCGUCAUUAGUUAUCAUACCUUAAAAAGGCCCUUUUCAGGGCCACCAAUACGUACUUGUAUUCUGGCGAUGGGCACGUAUAAUAGUGAUUGUGUUAGUUUUGCAUUAGCGGCAGUAUAUUUCUAUUAUAUACAUAUUUUACAAAACCGGACAAUAAUAAAUGAACAACCCAGGCCAAAAUUAUAAGAUCAGGAAUCGAAUAAUUCAACGGUGUGACAAUAUCCACGAGACCACGACGUUUAAAACAUACGUUAUAAUACACGACACCACCAGCCAGCGGACUACCGUCUGUUUAUUUAUAGAUACUCUUGUCACGAAGUUUGAUAAAUAGGUGUACGCCAUUUACUACCAUGUAAACAUUGACAUUUUUAUUAUCGAUCAAUAAACAAUAAUUGUCCAGGAUUCUCGGUGUUUACAUGGCUUCAAUUAAGUAAAACACCGAUAGUAUCUAAUUAAAAAUUCCGAAAGACCCAUGUUGACAUUGUAGACGGGUAUAAUAAUAUGGUUAGGUAUAACUUAUUCAGUCGCUCACGUGUUGAUAUUAAUAUUUUCAUUACCACGGAUCGACAGACAACAACACAUAAUAACGGAAUUGUCCCGGUUAGGUUAGGUUACCUAACCUAACCAUACAAAGGGGUU